ACCGCAGUAUUAAGGAUCGGUCGGAGUAACUGGCUGAGAUUUGGAGAUUUCAUGCUUGAUUUUGAAUAGAGAGUGUCACCAUGAGAAGAUCAACAAGAUCUUCAUCAGGACGACCUAUGAGUCCUGAUGCAGAACAAUUGCAAGAGCAUCAAGAGAAGCACACAAGAUCUAGGAGACUAUCUGGGCAACCAGUCAAUCCAGACAUAGAGCUGUUGCAAGGACCCGAAGAGAGGGCCACACGAUCAAGGAAGCCUUCUGAAGACCUUGUUGUCCUGGAGCUACCUCGGAUCACAAGAACUGGAAGGCGCAGUGGAAGUGGGAAGUCUCCAGAUCCCCCAAAAUCAUCUGCAAGGGGUGGAAAAAGUGGUGAAAGUGGACAAAGACAUGACAAAAGAGGAUUGUCCCCUGCAGAAGAACCUGCAGGAGAAACAUCAACAAAGAGAAGGAGGCGAUCAGGCCGUCUGGCAGAAGGAGAUGGUGAAAAAGACAAACAGGAGGUGCAGGAAAGUGAUGAGGAAGAUGCCAGUGAUAUAAAAGAGAAAGCACCGGAAAAGAAAGGGAAAUCCCCCAGAGUAAAGAAGCAGGAUGUUAACCUUAAAGAGAAAGAUGCAAAGGAUAGAGAUUCAAAGGAGAAAGAGAACAAAGAAGUGAAAGCUAAGAAAGAUAAGAAUAAAGACACCAAGGAGCAAAAGAAUGUUGAAGAUAGCACAGCCUCAUCAAAAGAGCCUAGUGGUACCUCUCGGAGGAGAACCCGCUCUGGACGACAAGGAACUGAUGUAGAUGAAGAAUCUAAUACUCUCUCACUUCCGCCAGUUUUUCAGGACUCUAAACCUGAUCAUACGAAGAAGGCUACUGAAGACAAUCAUACAGAGGAACCAGCAUCAAAACACCAAAAAAGCAAAGACCAUGGUAGAUCUUCAUCCAAGAAUGGACAAGACAAGGAAAAAAGAGACACCUCUAGACUUCGAAGUCCACCAAGAAGUCCAGAGAAAAGCAAGAAGGUUGAGACUGCCAAAGUUGAACUCCCAAAUAUCAGUUUAGAUCUUGGGGAACUUACAGUGAAGACCUCAAGCAAGCCCUCACCCCGGGGUGCUCUUAGUCCGCCUCUCCGAAUGAGUCCCAGAAGGGCUAGACAGCCAAGUGGACAGAAGUCUUGUGAUGAUUUUGAAUCUACAGAGAGUAAAAACACUCGGGACAAAAUCUCUAGUGAAGAAAUUGCACCUUCAACAGCUCCAGGUCACCAAGCACAAACUCAGCCAGAUUUACCAGAAAAAGAUAAAAUAAAGGAUAAACCAGAUAAGACAAAGAAAUCUGCAUCUGCGUGUAGGGAUAUAUCUAAAGAAUUUGAUGAUUCCAAGGAAAAUACACAUUUGCCAAAGAAAUCUUCCAUAUCUAAGAAUGACGAAGAUAUUCUUUCCCAAAGAGAGGAAUAUGUGUGCAAUGAUCAAGAAAAGUCCAGUCCAUCCAAGUCACACAAGAAAAGUCGCAGUCAUAUAAAAUCUCCAAGAGAAAGCCCCGCAAGCUCUCCUCGGAAAGGACUGCGGUCAGGAAAGGCCCCUGAAGCAGAUGGCACUCUUGAUCCCAAUAUGGCCCAAGAGCUUGACCAGGUGAAUGUUGUUACCAUGGAGAUCAAUCAUCCACCACUGGCCACAGAUGCAUGCACGUCCCAGGUGGUAUCCAUCAGAACACAGAAAGAACAUGACUUGCAAGAAGUGAAUCAUGCACCUAUUGCCAGUCAGUUGCUUGCUACAGAAAAGCAGGCCAAGGAGAGCGACAAUGUGAAAGAGAUCUCUGAUGAAGUGGCUGCUAAGAUUAGGGAAUGGAGGGUGCAGGAAGAAGAAAGUGUUGGUUUUCAGGGAGAGGAGUGGUAUGCAGAAGAAGUGGACGAAGGUGAACCAUUUUACUAUGAAUCUGAUCACAUGGCACUGAAAGGAAACAAAGACUACAGGAUGCUCCUGCGUACCAUCACUACCCUAGAAGCACAGAGGAAACAGGCUGUCAAGGAUCUAGACAAACUGGUUACAGCUCAGCGAGAAGCACUUCGAAACCCCCUUAAGUUUGUUCACAAGUUGCAGAAAAAGGAUUCUUUGCACUUGCCAUCACCUCAGCGUAUUGUUCUACUCCCAGAGAUCCCAUGGGGGCGCUAUCUAGGUCAUGCAGACAGUAAGGAGCUCAUUCAAGGGCUUUCACAGACACAAACAAGGGCUAGCUUGAAACAAAAAGAUUCAACAGAGGACUCUGGAGCAGGACCAAGUUCAUCCUCAGGACCAAAAGAAGACCAGACCUUAGAAGAUGAUGAGAAGAUCAAGAGUGUGAUCCGUGGUCGUCUAUGGGAUGAAUCAAAACCAGACACCUUCAAUCGCCUUUGGACAGUCGGAGAACAGAAGCGCUUAGAGGACCUACUUCUCCAGUACCCAUCUGAGGAAGUUGAAGCAAGGAGAUGGGAGAAGAUUGCUAAGGAUCUUGGCAAUAGGACCCGCCAUCAGGUUGCCAGCAGAGUACAAAAGUAUUUCAUCAAACUUGGGAAAGCAGGGCUGCCUAUUCCAGGUCGAAUGCCUAACAUGGCAACUUACACAAAUAAGAAACCUUCUCAGCGUCGCUUCAUUAACCCUUACAACAGGCUUACAUUGGCGCCCUCUACAUUCCUUCAGUCUCUCCGAGCUCCUGUACUAAUGAAUGAAGAUGAUGCUUUGGACUAUGAUCUGGACUAUGAUGCUGAUUCCAUAAUGGAAGAGGAUGAUAUCCCAAGUGAGCUGAAAGACUCGGAAGAGUAUAAAGAGUUAGUAAGACUCAAGAAAUUAAGAAAUGUCACACUCAAACAAGAGACGGAUAUGAGCCAUGUUGGCUAUAGCUGUGAUGGCUGUGAUGUUUCACCCAUCGUCGGUGUGAGGUGGCAUUGUGUGAACUGUCCCAUGGAUAUAUCCACAGACCUGUGUCAAAACUGUGUGAAUGAUGACUUUCAGUCUGACAUUCAUAGUUCAUCCCAUCGAAUGGAUCCUGUUCAUAUUGGCCAAUCAGGAGGCUUCGUUGAUUCUGACUACACCAGCUUUACUGGGACAUCAGGUGACUACAACUAUCUGGAUCCUAAUUACAGUCCAGCGGUUCUCUAAUACCAAUGAUAUCAAGGUUAGAGGCAGUGGUUAUUUCACCCAACGCUUGUGAGUAAGCAACCAGAGGACUGAUGGCUUUAGGUCCUCUCGAGGGACCUGUAAUAUGGAUAAAUUCCUUGCCAAAGAGCACUAGCACAGCAACCUGGGUUUUUUCUCCAAAUCUACCCAUUUUCUUGCCAGAGUAUCCCUUUAAACCUGAAAGUUUUUUAGCAACAAACCCCAGGACCUAAAGGACUCAAGAUCAUUAUUAUCGUUUCUUGAAUAAAACAACAAGAUCCAAAUAUUGUAUGAAUAGGCUGAUAUGUAUGCUUCUGUACAUGUAUGUUGUACAACAUUUAGGAAUUGGUCUAAUUGACAACUCAGGCAACUGUUUUCUGUUGGGUUAUCCAUGUAAUGGAGGUAAAUUCAUUAUGAUAAGAUCUUUACAUCCCUCAAAUGAAAUUGAGUUAAUAUUGGCAUGGAUUGCAUGCCUUAGUAACGUUUGAUAUCAGUCAAUCUUAUAUGAGGGGGUAUUGCAAGAAACCUGCCUUUGAUUUGACUUUUCAGUUGCAAAUUUCUGAGUGAUAGCUGCAUUUUGACUAAAGUGAAUCAAUACAUACAUGUACAUUCUGUUGCAAAAAAGAAGACCUGCUAUCAAUUAUUCUCAGAACGUAAUAUUGAAUUGGGGAUCGUAAAUAUACUGGUAAUCUCUUGCAACACCCUCAAUAGUCUUUACAAGCUCUCCCUCGUUUAUAAUAAAUCUUCAUCAUGUACCAAAAUAGUGAAAUUAUCAGAAAGCUUGUCAUCAUUGUGUAUGUUUUGCCACAAGUGAGGAGAAUGUUGCAUUAUGGGCAAAAAGUAUCAACCAUUCCUAUUUAUGUAUAAUGUAGGCCUACUUCCCUACUUUGGCAAAACAAAGCCAGCAAAAUUAGACUUGGCCUUUAUAGAUAUAUAAUACAUGUCAUAGAGGGCUUUUAUAACAAUUACACAGUAGGUACAUGUAAUAUAGGAGCGCCUUGAGGACCUAACAAGGUGGAUACAUGCACUAUACAAAUCCUCUUUUAUAUACAUGUAUUAGUGUACCUUUUGAACUGUUCUGACAUGCCGAGCUAUGGCCAAGUGCGACAAUGGACUUUUUCAAGGGUAACAAGUUUGUAUGAUUAUUUAAAUGUCUGAAUAAAAUGAUGUGUAUUAUAUAUUUUUAUAAAGAAUUGAUGUGGCUCCUUGGUAUUUGAUAAAUCAUUCUCAUUUCAAAAUUAUGAUUGUUCAAUAUAACUAGUCCUUAGUAUCAGGCAUAAGCAAAUUUUUGUGUUAGCGAAAUUAAUUGACUGAUCACAUGACAGAAUUCAGCCAAUAAUUGACUGGUCACAUGACAGAAUUCAGCCAAUAAUUGACUGGUCACAUGACAGAAUUCAGCCAAUAAUUGACUGGUCACACGACAGAAUUCAGCCAAUAAUUGACUGGUCACAUGACAGAAUUCAGCCAAUAAUUGACUGGUCACAUGAUGGAAUUCGGCCUAACAUUUGAUUAUGAUCUAUACCACCAUUUUAUAUCAGAUAAAAAUGUUUAUGUAAUUGUUUUGACAUCUGUGCACACAUGCCGUGAGAAUGCUGUAAUCUUCACAACCAAUGCUUGCCAUCUACCAAAACCAGAUCAUCAUCCAUCUAUAUCACAAAUGAAACCAUCGUGUAACAAUGAAAUGAUCAGAGUGAGUGGAUAUUGUUUAUCUGCAAAGAGGAUUGCAUUAUUUGCAGUAUAGUGUAAGAACAGGGUAUCGGUAUAAGUUUUCUUAUCAUUAUGUUAUGGUGUCAAAUAUUGCUGUAUUUUGUCUUGGGACUUAUCUACAAAUAAGUUGCAAAAUAGGCAUUAAAAGGGAGGAAAUAAAUGACUGGCUGACUGAUUAAGCUGAAUUCACUUAUCUGUUCAUAUAUACAUCCAAAGGAUUGGAUCCCAAUUAUAGCUGUAACAGCCUUUUUUGCAGAUCGCUGUAACGAUGAGUAGGACAUUUUGCUCUUUAUCACUUCUUUUGGUUGUAACAGCUUUAAAAGAGGUGUUAUAUUAUGAACAAGUACAUUGUACAUGUAUGUUGAUAUCUGUACAGGUGUACAAUUCAUUGGGUUGGCAAAGCCAUAGGAUCAUGUAUUAAAUGUUACAUGGACAUUUAA